AUAAAAAUUCUAGCAAAUAUUCUUAUACCACAUAUAGAACAAAGAGAAUAAUAAUACCCCUGACAGGAUCGAAGCUUUCUAGGAGUUUAAUAAAAGGUUUUUCUCCUAAUAAAUAAUUGUUGGUUUCCAGACUGAAACGUGAGAAUGGAUUGGUCCCCAAAAAGUGCUGCCAACACAUAUCUUGACACCCUUAAAUUGUGUAGCAAGCAAAAUGAAGAUUGCGGUUCUUCUGGAACACAAGAACCCGACGGAGCCGAAUUCAUAUCAGCACUAGCAGCGGGAAUGAGUGCCAAAUUGAUGGUGGAAGUAACCUCUGAAGUCUCUCCCUCAACUGUGGCCUUAGCAGCAGCAGCUCGUCAAACAGGAGGUAAACUCGUCUGCAUUAUUCCGGAACAGAAGCUGGACAAGACACAAAAAGUGAUUGAAGAAACGGGGCUAAAUGACAUGGUAGAGUUCAAGACAGGGGAUCCUGUUGAUGUCUUGCCUAAUUACGAGAAUGUCGAUUUCUCUCUCGUUGAUUGCAAGGCUAAAAAUUACGAUAUGUUGAUCGAAAAACUUGAUGUAAACCAAGAAAGAUCGGUUGUUAUUGCAAACAAUGUAGAAAGGAAAAAAGGGGUAAGGAAAAUUGAAAAAAGUAGUGCAGAAUGAGGUUAAAGUAAGAUCAACUAAGCAUCCUAUAGGUAAAUGAUUACAGGUUACUAUGAUAGAAAAAAGAAGAUUAGGAAGUCAUAAUCAUGGUCAUCAAAGAGGAGAGAAAAAGAAAGGAAAAGGGAAA